ACCAAACAUCGAACACAAUACUAUGAAGAUCAGUUCCGAUACAAGGACGGCGAGGUUGGAUCGAUCCGAGAGCGGGUGCAACGGGACAGUCCGGUGAUUGCAGAGUUGAGGACGAAUGUCAUUAUCAAGGACGAAUUCACGUUGGUGACGGACUUGUCUUACCACCUUGCCCAGCGCUACACUCGCUCAGAUUCAAGCAUCAUGAUUAAGGUCGACCACAGCGCCUGCCUCGCGCUCGGAGGCACCUUCGACCCAUGUUACAUACUUACAAUAACAGCUCUGCCAUCGCAGAUGGGCCCAACCCACAACAAGCGCAAUGCGGGCCUCAUUCAGUCAUUCAUGGCCGACAUUCUCAGCGUGCCGGCAGACCGAGGUAUCAUCAAGUUCCAACCCGUCGAGGAGUGCAAUUAUGCGACGAACGGAACAACCAUGCAAGGCCAGAUUGAGAAGCUGGAGAAACACCAGGCAAACAGUGGGCCUGGCGCGGCGAGGCGUACACCAUCGAUUGGCACAAGAAAGAGCACGCCUUUCAGCAAGAAGAGC